ACGCGACACAAAGAAGCAGAAUUUGUGCUCCAGCUGGGCACUGUCGCCGCUCAAAAUACUGGCAAAUUUGUCAACUUUUUCAAUUGGAAAUCGUGGAUAGCACCGUCACUAUCUAGUUCCAAGGAGCUGGAAAGCAGCGAUCGCCGCGUGGCAUGCUCCUGCUACUAACGUCUUCAAUCAACGAAGCCUUGCAUUUGAAGUUACACCGUCCAACGCCGGACAUAGAGUCAAUCCGCAUGACGCGACAUAAGCCCGAUCGUACGACGACGAAAGCACGAGCGACAUCAAAGAGAGGACAGAUAACGGACGAGAGCUACAGAGAGUCCUUCUCUGAACUGGCAGGCAGGCAACAGCGAAACGUUCUGGUGCAGACCUUUUCAGCCUUGCAGCAGGGGAAAUUCAACGUUGGCUGUCUUGGAGACAAUGUUGCGCUAAACGCAGUAGCCUACCAGCUUUUCGAUUGCUGCGGCGCUAGCAACAGUGUGAAUAGGACGGUGCUAUUGCACCAUCUACUACGAUCGUUGCUACUUUGGUGGAGUUGCAACUCGGAGCGCGGCGUCAAGCUUUCGAAUGUGGAAAACCCGAAAACACCAAGAUUUUACUUGUCCCCGUUGAAUCGGAUCCAAAGAUUGCACCGUUACAUGAGGGGUAUGCAUCAAGAUAGAUCCCCGAAAACGCAAGCGAGGAUUAUCAUUACAAGACCAAACCCAUGUUUGACACUUUUCUGGUGAUGAUGGAGCGGCAAGUUUACAUCACGAAACUCACGUCGUGCAAAGAUUGUCAAGAGUCUGGCGCCAGACUUGGGUGCACCGUAUCAGCAUGGCGUGCCUUCUUCGAUUUGCCCGGCCGGUGGGUGCCGCCCAUGCCUCCACAACGCUGCCGAUGGUGCUUUCCGUCGCCAUGAGCUCGACACCAUCCAUGGGGCGAUAGUGGGUCCACCGUCAAGGCAAACAGGCUGCGGAGCUCUUGCCCUUAUCGGCGCCUGUUUGCUCGAGGUACGAGAGGAAGGCACUCACUCGGCCUGGGAUCAAUUCGAUAUUCGAGGAUCCAAUCGUGUUUACCCAUGUCUGUUACCCAACUCUACUCCUUCCAAAUACCUUCCACGUAUCUCCAUCGAACCCAGAACAGCUUCCACAUUUUCCAUUUCUAGAAACAC